UUCCAUGGAGAUGAACCCCGAGAUUGCCCCUUAUGGGGGCGCAUUGGUGAUGGUGGUGGAGUACCUAGAAUCCUCUAUGUGCAGAGAUCUGCUCUCCAAAUUCCCUGACAAUUCGGCCUUUGAUUUUGACUAUUCACAGAGCUCCAUUUGGUCCCCUUUGAUCCACAGGAAAUUUCCUUCAACAACUCCCAUCAGUAAUGACCGCAGAAAUGUACUGAGCUGCGGCCUCUCGAGAAAGCUUGUUUACAAUGAUGAUGAAGGGCUGACCAAGAUCAAGAAAGUGACUGCAAAUAUCAAGAGAAAGUUCACUGAUGCUGUUUCUGAUAAUCUCCUGAAGUAUCAAAAGAUGAGGAAGAGAAAGAGGAAGAACAGUCUUGAUUUUACUCCUUGCCCUUCUUCUAAGCUUCCUUCCACUAGUCCAACACCAAGAAAGGGAUGGGUAAAGGUGCUGAAAGCUGCUUCUAAGCAUUUCAAAAAGAAGAGCAAGAAGAGAGACUCGUAUACUCAGAUCAACUUCUCAAGUUGUUUCACGUAAACAGACUCCUGAGAACUGCUUUUCUAGUUUUCUUCACAUCGGUCAUCUUUUGCUGCCAUGUUUCUCAUUCUUUUAUGUAAUUCGAUUACUAUCAUCAAAUUCUAUUAAUAGACCGAAUUACUGAGUAGUCUUUAGAAA